AUGAGGUUUACUCCCGCACUCUUGAGCUUCGCAGCUACUGUAGCUGCGCACGGCGACCACGGUCACGACCAAGAGCCAUUGGCUGGCCCGCACGAGGGACUGUGGUACAACACGCUUCCCGGCGACGGUGGAACCCAGGCCGACUCCAUCUUCUCUGGCAUUUCCACAUUCGGUCGCCUCCCUUACCACCCAUGUCUCUCGAGCAACACAAAGUUCGACAUCGCAUUCAUCGGUGCGCCCUUUGACACUGGCACAUCAUACCGCCCGGGUGCUCGCUUUGGGCCUAGCGGUAUCAGACAAGGUUCUCGCCGCCUCAAUCUCUAUGGCGGCUACAACGUCCCACUCGAGGCGAACCCGUUUAAUUCCUGGGCCAAGGUCGUUGAUUGUGGUGAUAUCCCUGUGACCUCGUAUGACAAUGCCUAUGCACUCCAGCAGAUUGAGCAAGGCCACAAUUUACUGCUGAGCCGCGAACCCUACACACAUGCCGACAAACCCGGCCCAUCAAAGAAAGGCACAACGCUUCCUCGUCUGAUCACUCUCGGAGGUGACCACACCAUCACACUCCCUCUCCUCCGUUCCAUCAACCGGGAAUACGGACCUAUAACCGUUAUCCACUUCGACAGCCAUCUCGACACAUGGCGACCCAAAGUUUUCGGCGGCGCCCCCUCCGAACAAGCCAGCAUAAACCACGGCACCUACUUCUUCCACGCUGCGCAAGAAGGCCUCCUAGCCAACGACACCAACAUCCACGCCGGCAUCCGCACGACACUCUCCGGCCCCUCUGACUAUGAGAACGACGGCUACUGCGGUUUCCAAAUCGUCGAGGCACGUGAGAUCGACAAGAUUGGUACUGAUGGCAUCAUCAAGAAGAUCAAGGACAGGGUCGGAACGGAGAAGCCUGUGUAUCUGAGUAUCGAUAUCGAUACUCUUGAUCCUGCUUUCGCACCUGCAACCGGUACACCCGAGACUGGUGGCUGGACAACCCGAGAGCUUCGUACCAUCAUUCGUGGCUUGGAAGGUAUCAACCUCAUUGCUGCUGAUAUCGUUGAGGUUGCACCUGCUUACGAUACCAAUGCUGAGCUUACUACUAUGGCUGCUGCUGAUACUCUUUACGAGGUCAUGACCUUGAUGGUUAAGAAGGGUCCAUUGAGCUACAUGGGCGCUCCUAAGAAGGAGAUGAUUGAGUUGUAG